AUGACGACUGUAUUUCCAGGCUAUUUCUCAAUGUGGUUUUCAGUCAAGACUCUGAUCGACCGUUCCUGUUUUGAGACUAUAGAUGAUACUUCCCCUGAAUUUAAUAAUUUUGCAGCCAUUCUGGAACAGAUUCUAAGUCAUCGACUGAAAGGUCAGAUCACCUGGUUCGGCUACGAAAGUCCUCGUAGUUUCUGGGACUACAUUCGAGUAGCUUGCCGAAAAGUGUCUCACAAUUGCAUCUGCAGUAUUGAGAACAUGGAGAACGUCGGUUCUUCUAGAGCUAAGGGUCGAGCCUGGAUCAGAGUAGCACUUAUGGAAAAGCAUUUGUCUGAAUAUAUUUCCACAGCUCUGAGAGACUUCAAAACAACCAGGAGAUUUUAUGAGGAUGGAGCAAUUGUUCUUGGUGAAGAAGCAAAUAUGCUUGCUGGUAUGCUGUUGGGACUCAAUGCAAUUGAUUUCAGUUUUUGUCUGAAGGGUGAGGGACUGGAUGGCAGCUUUCCAGCUGUCAUAGAUUAUACGCCGUACUUGAAGUUCACCCAAAGUUCUGACAGCAUCAGCAGUGAUGAAGAAGAGCUAAGAACGCUGGGCAGUAGUGGCAGUGAAGGCAGUACUCCGGAGAACAUUGGUCCCCCUUUCAUCACAGAUGAAAACAGUUGGUACAACAAAUGCAAAAGGGUAGAACAGAAGUACCGGCUUGCAUUGGAACAGAAGGGUUACCUUGAAGAACUGGUACGACUCAGAGAAAACCAGCUAUCUGAAUCUGUCUCACAGAAUAAACUGCUGUUACAAAGAAUUGAAGAUAUGGAUCUCGCCCAUAAAAUGGAGAAGGAACAGCUGGAAUAUAUCAUUGUGGAACUGCAAGACCAGCUGACUGUGCUAAAGAAUAAUGACUUGAGAUCAAGACAAGAAUUAACUACUCACCUCACCAAUCAGUGGCCUUCCCCAGGAGCUCUGGAUGUCAAUGCUGUUGCCUUGGACACUCUACUCUGUAGAAAGCACAAUCAACAAUGGGAUGAGAAAAGUUUUCAAAGUCUGGACCAACUUUCAGCAGAAGUUAGUCUUUCUCAAUCCUCUCUGGAUCCAGGUCACUCACAGGAUGGGAAGCAGGAUGGAAUGAACUUGUUAAACGAAGGGAAGGAAGACACUCCAUCGUUGCUUGGUUUAUGUGGCUCCCUGACAUCAGUAGCAAGCUACAAAUCUCUCACAAGUUUGAAAUCGAGUGAAUAUCUUGCAAGUCCCACAACAGAGAUGACAAGUCCAGGCUUAACACCGUCUUGAGACAGACACAAGAAGGAAGAGCUUUGUGUUGUAUGCAUUUGGUUUAUGUUCCAUGAAGUGACUUGCAAUGAAGACUGCUAGUUCUGAGUUAAAAAAUAAGCUGCUUUAUUUUUUUCUUUUCAUGGUUACCUGCUUAAUUCACAAAUUCUGUCAGUUUUCAUUCAGACUUUUUUUUCCCCUCGGAGGACUUUUCAGAUUUUCUAUUUUAGUCUUGAAUUAUUUAAAGCUCUUGGGUCAGGUACAGGACAUAUAAUCUGAUGCUUAUGACUGAUUUUUAAAAUGAAACAGUUGGAAAUCAGUCCUCUACUUAACUGCC